GGGAUUACAGGUGUGAGCCACCGUGCAUGGCCGCCCAAGUGUUUUUUUAUCUAGCCACUAGAUUGUGUGCUGCUCGAGGACUCUUAUGGGAUUGUGCCUUAUUUGUGUUUUGAUUUCCUUUGCCUAGACAGCUGCUCAAUAUUUGUUGAAACAAUAAUGAAUGGAUCUGUAACAUGGGGACAGAGGACCAGAUCUGGAGACCUUUCUAGACCUUGUCUUCUGUGUAGACAGAUUGAUCUGGGAACUAGUUUUGAACUUGAAGACACACACAGACCUACUUCACAGCCCUUUUCUAGUCUUUAGUCAUUUUAUUAUACUUUUUGCCAUCUGUCUUGUAUUGCCAUUUGAAACCAUUCUAGUGAAUGAAAUGUAAAUUACGUUCUUAUUUGUUUCUAGGAAGCAAGAUUUCCAGAUGUAGCAAAUGGAUUUAUUGAGGAAAUAAUUCAUUUGAAGAAUUAUUAUGAUCUGAAUGUACUUUGUAAUUUUCUUCUGGAAAAUCCAGAUUAUCCAAAGAGAGAAGAUAGAAUCAUUAUAAAUCCCAGUAGCAGUCUGCUGGCCAGCCAAGAUGAGACAAAGUUGCCUAAAAUAGACUUUUUUGACUAUUCUAAGUUGACUCCUCUAGACCAGCGCUGCUUCAUCCAAGCCGCCGACCUCCUUAUGGCUGACUUCAAAAUGCUCAGUAGUCAGGACAUUAAGUGGGCCCUGCAUGAGCUUAAAGGACACUAUGCCAUCACCCGAAAGGCCUUUUCCGAUGCCAUUAAAAAAUGGCAGGAGCUAUCACCAGAAACCAGUGGAAAAAGGAAGAAGAGAAAAGAAAUGAAUCAGUAUUCUUACAUUGAUUUCAAGUUUGAACAAGGUGACAUAAAAAUAGAAAAGAGGAUGUUCUUUCUGGAAAAUAAGCGGCGACAUUGUAGGUCCUAUGACCGGCGUGCUCUCCUCCCAGCUGUGCAGCAAGAGCAGGAGUUCUAUGAGCAGAAAAUCAAAGAGAUGGCAGAGGUAGGAAGAUGUGCUCUGGUCUUGGGAUGUGUUUCUGGGGUUCUAGUUUGCUCUCAGAGUUUAGUUAGUACAAAACUGUCUUUUAAGAUUUCCCUUUUCUUUAGAGAGUGAUUAACUUGGAUAUAUAAAACAUUUUUAAAAUUUAAAAAAAGCUGGGUUUUGUCAUAAUAAUUAUGUUUGUGGUUUCAUAAAUCAGAUUUAUGUUAGAAAAUCGAAAAUUUUAAUUGGAGCUUUGUGUAUCUUUUUCACCUCCUCCCUCAACCUCUAAUGGAGAAAGAGAUUCCAUUUCUCUCUUAAAUUUUUCUAAAUAUAGGAUCAAAUGUGCAGGUCAGCUGGAAUGUAUAUAUUGGCUGUUUAAUAAGUAUCUUCUAGACCAAUGGCUUCAAAGUGUGACCCAGAGAUCCCUGGGUUUUCCAAGACUCUUGGAGGUCUGGGAGGUCAAACCUCUCGUAACUAUGCAAGACAUUACAGUGGCCCUUAAACAACAUGAGGGUUAGGAGUGCUAUCCCCCUAUGCAGUUGAAAGUCUGCAUAUAUUGUUUGACUGCCCCAAAGCUUAACUUUGAACAAUUGAACUGUUGACAGGAAGCCUUAAUAACAGUCAAUGAACAUGUUUGGUAUGUUUUGUGUAUUACAGGCUGUAUUCUUACAAUAAGGUAAGCUAGAGAAAAAAAUGUUACUAAGAAAUUGAUAAGGAAAAUAUACUUACUGUUCAUUAAAUGGAAGAGUAGAUCAGCA